AUGGAGGCAACUUGGAUGUCACCUGCUGUGCCACCUCCUAAGGUUGCAUCAUCACCGGCUCAGGAGCCCAACCUGGAUACAUCACCUGCUGGAGUAGCCCUCACAGAGCUGGCAGAACACCAGGUUGCACCAAGCACCCAGCAGCUUCAGGUGGGAUGCCCUGAUAUCCAGUUUGGGCCCAUGGAGAAACAUAGUGCCUGGUUCGGGGCUGUGGAACACCUCAGCAAGGCCGAGGGCCACCAGGAACCCAGCAUCGAGCCUCGCAGUAGCAGCACCUCCCAGUCCAGUGCCCAGCUCCACAGUGGCCCUGACCUCAGCAGUGUGGACGCAGCUGCAUCAGUCUCUGGACACUUGGUUGGUGCUUCCAAGCCUGACGUGGUGCUCGGCAUGACCCUGGACACUGAAUGCCCUAAUGGCCAGGAGAAGCAGUUUGGGGAGUCAACCCCCCCAUCGUCCCUGGAGCUGUCCACUGUCACCUCAACUUCCAGCACCACCUCCUCCUCCUUGGCCUGUGCCCUGCCCUGGGCCCCUCUGAACAGCCACAGAUGCUCGGGCUUGCUGCCAAUUUAUAACAAGCUGAUGGACAAUCAGUGCAAGGUCCUUGUCAGACUGGAAGUGGAUAAUAGAAAUGCAUGCAAGAGCCUCAUGGUGAGCUGGGUGGGCGGCCAUCCCUAG